UUCUUCAAUAAUCGUCUCCAAUAUAUUGUUCGUGAUAUUGAAAGGAAUCACAUUUGGCAUUCGCCCCUUGAUCGUGUACAAAACGAAGUGUAGACAAAAAACACAUACAACUGCACAUCACAUUGAAGAAGAAGAAGAAAAAAAAUAACGAGUAGAGAGAAAAAGGAACAUAUAUCAUAAGUUGUGCUGCGUUUGGCCAGUGUUGUUGUUUGAUUAAGAACUUUUUCUCAGUUAACAGCAGUAGCAUUAGAAUUUGUUGUGUAACAUUACGAAAAAAAAGGGACGGCAAUAAAAGUCGAUUGACAACAAAAGAACGUUUCAAAUUUAUCGUUUCAAUGGCCAGUGUCACCAUUUCUUAUUUUCCGAAAAAUUGAGUGGGUCGCUCUCAGUCGAUGUUGUGCUGUUUUGACUCGUUGUUCUUUUUGUCUCGCUAUCACCAUAUCUCUCGGAUAUUCUCGGUGUUCCGUCUGUGUGCCGUUUGUUUGUGUGUGUUGUUUAGCCAACAAAAUUUUGUCUUUGGUUAUUUAGUAAAUAUUAUUUAAUCGAGACUCAUAAUCAACAAUAUGGGGUUCAUUCGGUCUGACAAUAACAUCAUUGCAAUUUGUGCACUACUAAUGUGUUCAACAUCAUUAUUAUCGACAACAAUGGCUACGAAUUUAAAUUUACAUAUGAAUUUAACAGAUGAUUUACCGAUCUUCGCUCAACCACUCGUUGACAUUUUGAUUUCGGACUAUUUUAAAGUCGAACAAGUGUUGUGGGAACGCAUUCAACAUCGUGCCGAUAAUAUGUUGUUGCAAGUAUUCAAGAAUCAUGAACGGUUUUUUGACAGCGCUCUAGAUGACAGCGGCAGUCGUGUAUUGACGAAAAGUGAUGUUUUAACCAAAGAUAUAAUAGCAAACAUUGAAACACUCUUUCAAAUCAACGAGCAAAUAAAUAGUAUUACAGAUUCGGGACGAAUACAUUUGAAAGAGCAAACAUUGGAUCGAAAAAGUAUCACCGAAUAUUCAAGCCAUGCACUGAAAAUACUCAAAGAGGCCAGCAAUUUAUUUGAUUAUGCAACCAACGACACAUUAUGGGAAAAUAUUAUCACGCAUUUUACAAACUAUCGCAAGAACGGUGACACCGUACAAUCGUCACAUCAUGUAAUCUAUGAUUUAUAUCGAGACAUUCAAUCGGGAUUUUUAAAGAGUUACAUUACAGCACAAAUGUCUUAUAUGAUUUUGAGCUAUUACAAUAGCGGUGCUCUAGAGAAUUACAGCGAACAAGUGGACAUUUUGCGAACGACAUUUCAACAGAGGUUCAGUGAUUUGCGUCAAAUUGCCACACGAUUUCUGAAAAAAUCUGACAAAACGGUCUGGAAAUGUGACACAAUUGUUAACAAUGUUUUCAGCUCGUACACAGAGAUAUCGAAUUUUCUACAAGGAUUUGUUGACAACGAGGCCAAUUUGAAUUCCGAUGCCAGUUGCUCAGGGGUUUGUUCAAAUUUCCGGAAAACAGCACAUUUUCAAUGUCAAUCUGGUUCGCUGUGUGAUUCACGUGUUAACGACCAUGAACAGGCCAAAUGUAGCGGCAUAAUAAGAGAUUGUCAGAGCAUUGAUGACUCGGAUGUAAAUAUUUGUGAAACGGGCGAAUCAAAUCGACGAUACAAUUAUAUCAAGUACAGCGAUGGACGUACAGCCGGCAAUUCAAAAGCCAUAUGUCAUGGUCGAUUAAGAGCUGAGUCGUGGAUUCGUUGGUUUGUACAAUGUAGCAAUUGCAUUUGUUUGUGCGAUGACAUCAAGAGCAAAAGAACAGAACGUUAUAUAAGUUUACGUGAAGUGGUUUCAAACAUUGUUGACAACAAAAUCGUUACAGGUGUCACGUUAACAAAACAAAAUGGCAUCAUUCAUUUGGCAAUUGCUGAACGAACACUGCUACCCUACGCUCAGGCAGAAGUCACACCGGAUUGGGAUUUUUAUGAACCAUGGAAAUCAUCGUAUGAAUUUUUCAAAAUAGACGACACAAACGUCGAAGAAAAUGUCGAUUAUUUUACAAUUUCGUAUGAAAAUCGUUCAAUAAACUUGGAUGAGGUGACAGUGCCGAAGGGUUCACUUGUGACUGGUGUACGAUUUCGUGUUACCGAUGCCGGUCACAUUACAUUGGACGUACGAGCAACACCGUUUGAUUUUAUUACAGGAAAAUUGAAAGAUUUGACCAACAGCGUAUGGAUAUCGAACCCAAACUGUGGUCAAACGGAAAUCACGCAACAUCGACCCACAAAUCCAUUAAACCAUUCAAACAAGUUAUCACAUAUAAAUAAUACACCGAACGCAUUUAUAAAAUUCGGACCAACCGAUUAUUGGGACGAUGUUAUGCAAUUAACGGUACCAUUUAUUGAUACACAACGCGUUGAACCGUACAAACCGAUUGCACUGUCUGGUUGUGGAUUAUACCACAAAUCAACAUCUGGAUCAGGUGGCUUUAUCGCACCAAAAUUAAUUGUUUAUGAUUUUGAACCGUAUAUUUUAGAUAAUAAGUAGAAUAAUGGAUUGUAUUCAAAUAAAUGCGUUUUUUUUUCUCAGAAUUAUCAAUUAAUCCAGGGUGUAUAAAAUGCGAUAUGUAUGUAUAAUUGUAUA